AUGAGAGAUUCCGUUUACUACUUUAUUGGAAAUCUGGCCUUGUGUGAUAUAUGCCUACUUUUAUUUUACUGGCCCAUACAACUGGUCAAAUUUGCUCUCUCUUGGCCUUUUGGCACUAUUUUAUGCUACAUUAGCAAUAGCUUUCCAAUUCUAUUUAGUGCUCAGGCUGCCUUAACGAUAAUUUGGAUGGCUUUUGAUCGCUAUCAUGUGGCUAUAAAUUCAGCGAAAUCAAAUUCUUCAUGUUGGCGUAACAUUUCCAAGCUAGGAGUUAUUUUUAUUUUAGCUUUAGCUCUCGCUUGUCCAGACAUAGCAUUUACCUCAGAAGACAAAACAAGCGCUCUCAUGUUGGGAUCAUCAAAGUUUAAAGUAAAUGCUAAGUGCUGGAUCGAAUAUGGCAGUCAUAAUUAUUCAACUUCAGCUCCGUGGCAAAUUUAUUUUCUAUUAAGAUACAAUAUCUUAUGCGUUAUCCCUCUUUCGAUUGUGAUAUUGAUGUAUAAAUUAAGUACUUUCAAAACAGGUGAAUUAUUGCCUACGAAAGAUAAUACCACAAUUGGAUAUAACAUUGAGGAAGACCGUAAAUUGAUUAAAUUGCCUUCAAUAUUAAUCGUCAUAUAUUUUCUUUCCUUGACUCCAGAACAUAUUUAUUAUUAUGUUAUGAUAAAUAGUCCAUCUUUUUUUAAUAUCCAGACACAUGCAAUUAAUUCAUUUCUAUUCCUAAUAUGCCAAUUAUUGUUGAUUAGCAGAAGUGCUGUCAAUCCUUUUAUAUACUCAGCUUCUAUUCCAGAAUGUAGACAGGUGAUGAUUGCUAUGUAUGGCUGGGAUUAUAAGCCAAAAUGCCUUUAUUUUGGUAUUAAAAAUAGAAAUGAUCAAAUUGUUGAGCCUUGUACGAAAUUAAAGCUAACUCAUUUAGCUAAUAAGGUAGAAGAAUCCCCUGCUAAGGCUGACUUACAUUUAGAGAUCAAUUUAUUAUCAGCAAGUGGCUUAGUUGGUUUCAACAAGAAAACAUUAAAUGUCUAA